AUGGCUCAAAAAUACAACGACAUCAUCUUUGAGGUUAAGGAGAAGAUAGGCAUCAUCAAGCUAAACCGGCCCAAAUCGCUCAAUGCAUUCGGCGGAACUUUGGUUAUGGAUAUCAUCGCAGCUCUAAGAGAGCUUAAUGAGCAUCCAGAUACUGUCUUCACAGUACUUACGGGCGAAGGCCGUUUCUUCUCAUCAGGCGCAGACAUCAAAGGUGUCGCCGGAAGCAACGAAGAGCAAUACAAAAACGACGCCGAGAAAAAGGUCGCAUUCAUGUCUCGGUUCUCAUAUGCUAUCGAAUUACUCCGCUCGAUCAUCGACCACAAGAAAGUCGUCAUUCUGGCACUGAACGGUCCAGGGGUCGGUGGAGGUGCAGCUUGGUUUCAAGGCGUCGCAGAUAUCGUGUUGGCCGCUGAAGGAGCAUGGCUCCAAGUACCAUUCAACGCGCUGGGCCUUGUACCUGAAAACGGAAGUGCAAUCAACCUGGCCCAAAGCAUGGGCGUUCAUCGAGCUAACGACUUCUUGAUGUUUGGACGGAAAUGUACGGUGGAGGAAUUGGAGCAAUGGGGGCUGGUCAAUCGCAUUUUCCCAAAGGAAAACUUCCAGGAGUCUGUCGUCAAGUUUCUCGAGGAGCAGCUUGAGGUCAAUGAUGGAAAAAGCAUGAUGGAGACGAAGAGGUUGCAGAACGCGCCGAGAAGGGCGGAGAGGAUGAUGGCUGUAUUCGAUGCUAUGGAGGCCCUGGCAGAAAGAUUUGUUGAAGGUGCUCCAGCGCAGAGAUUCAAAGACAAGGUCGCUCUUCUGAGUUCUAAAUCUAAGGAUCGAAGCAAGCUUUAA